CAAGUAACAAGAAGAUGAAGAGGUCAAGUCAAGAACUGCAUUUUUCAGUGGUACUACACACAAAAAGUUUUCUCAAUGCUGCUCUCCACUCUCACAACAAACUACAAUUCUGCUGAAAAGAAUAAAAAAUCAAGAACAAAAGAAGGUUAUAAUAAUGUCUGUAAAUACCGGCCAAAUUGAUUUAAACUCUGAAGCUGGUUUGUUUGAUCGGGAAAAUGAUAUUGUGGGGGUCAAAUCGUCAGAGUCCAACGGUGUUAGUACGGAUGUCUCUUGUUCUAGAACCCUAAGUGAUGAUCCUGUUGUCCGAGAUGAUAUUGUGGAUCGCGAUCAGACGGUUUUUCACAUUGUAGACGAUAGAGGAGGAGUCGAUGGUUAUGUAACGGUGUUUUGUAGUAUGAACCAUGAGUGUGAUGUGAUGAUUAAUGACAGUGGAAAAGAGGGUUUUGGUGAAGAGCUUGAAUUGAUGGGUGUAGGAGUUGGUUUGGAGGAAGGAGUGGAGGUUGCUGAUGGAGGGUGUAAAGAAAAGGGGGAUUAUUGUGGGAUGGAGAAGAAUGCAGAUGACAAGAUUUCGAUUAAAUGUUCAGAUAGAGUUUUGUUUGCUAAUGGAGGUUCAGAAUGCCGUGGAGGUUUGGUUAUUGAAUCUGAUGAUGGUUUUCAGGGUGAGUUACAGCGUGAAAAUGCUAUUGAUGUUACUGAAAAUGGUUCGCUGACGAGUGAGCUCUCAGGAAAUAUUAUGGCUCAAGGAGUUGAUAAUGAAGCCGCUGAGGAGUGUGAGGAUGUUAUGGAUAUUACUGAAAGUGGUUUGCUUGUGGCUCAAGGAGGUGAUGAUGAUGCAGCUGACGAGUGUGAGCAUGCUAUGGAGAUUACUGAAAAUGGCUUGCAUGUGUCUCAAGGAGGUGACAAUGGUCUGGCUGAGGAGUGUGUGACUGGAAGACGUGUUAAUGAUGCAGGGAAGGAGUGUGAGAAUGCUAUGGAUAAUGUGGUUGAAGAAUGUGAUAAUGGUGUGGCCGAGGAGGUUAAGAAUGCUGCAUUGGUGAAUUUAAGCGCCGUUGUGGAGGAUGACAGUUUGAGGAUUGCAGAUGAUAGUUUGGUUGCUAAGGACGGCCUCAAAGAUUUGCCAACUGCAGAAGUUGCAAUACAGGACAGCAUUCCAUGUACGGAAGUUGUGAAUGUCAACGCCAAAGAAUCUUUGCAUGUGAAAGGUCUUUUAAGGAAUUGCCUUGAGCUAGAACCUUCUUGUGAGUUGAAACAACCAGCCAUUCAUGUAAAUGCACGAGUAGAUGUGAUGCAGAAUCAAACCACAGUCGGUGAUUUUGUUGAAGGACAUGUGUCUGAGAAUAAGCAGAAGGAGUGUCUUGGUGUUAAUCUUGUUGUAGAUCUUAAUACUUACAGAAACAUGCAGGAUGUUGACACGUAUCAGGGAUCAAUGUUUUCAGAUUUGAAUUUGUGUCUAUCAGAUUUAGUGUGGGGAAAGGUGACUGGCCAUCCUUGGUGGCCAGGUCAGAUCUUUGAUGCCUCAGCUGCAUCAGAGAAGGCAAAGAGGCAUCUCAAGAAAGACUGUUACCUGGUAGCAUAUUUUGGGGAUCAAACAUUUGCUUGGAAUGAUGUGUCAAUGAUUAAACCGUUUCAGGCACAUUUUUCACAAAUGGAGAAGCAGACCAAUUUGGAAAAUUUCAACCAUGCUGUUAAUUGUGCUUUAGAUGAGGUCUCAAGACGGGUUGAGUUUGGCUUCUCCUGCCCUUGCAUACCUGAUGAUGUGUUUUUCAAGCUUAAAACUCAAGUAGUUAGUAAUGCUGGAAUCAAUAAUCAAUUUAGCAGAAGAAAAGGAGGGGACAGAAUUAUAAAUUCAAUGUCUUUGGAACCCACAAAACUUGUCAAUUAUGUUAAACUAUUAGCUCAGUCGCCACUUGUUGGAUCUGAUAGACUGGAUUUUGUAGUUGCACAUGCCCAAUUGUUGGCCUUUUAUCGCUCAAAGGGUUAUUCUCAACUGCCUGAGUUCACAGUACUUGGAGGGUUAUAUGAUAAUGAUAUGGAAACCCUACUCAUGAGUGGGAAAGAGCAAUGGGAUUAUCAAACCCAUGUUGGCCUUUCACUAGAGGAGUGCAAGCACAUCUCUGGGCAUAGCAAGCGCCGUGGUAAGAAACAUAAACUUAUGUCAGAUUUGAUGUCUGAAAGGAGGUUAUAUAUUUCAAAUGUUGAACACACAUCAGAACAGAAAACUAAGUCAGUUCCACGGCGUCGGGGUAGGAAAAGGAAAGCAGCUUACAAUGCUUCGGAAGAUUAUUUGCAUAAUUCCCAAAAUAGAAAGUUCAACCAAUUACAGCAUGCAUCUGUAAGUGAGAUUACGUCCCAACUCUUCUUGGCCGCCAAGAAUCCAACUGGACAAAGUUUUUCCAGUCACUUAGUGCAGUUUUUUGCAGAAUUUAGAAAUUCCAUUAGCCUUGAAUAUUCUGCUUCCCUGGAACAAAAAAUGUUGUGUGAAGAAAUGCAUGGUGAUGAGACUGGAACAACCUCCAUGGGAGCAUUGGCUACUGUGACAUCUGAGCCUUGCAUUGAUUCUUAUUGGACUGAUAGAAUAAUUGAAAGCAUUCCUGAAAAGCAAUCAUUGACAAAAUACCAGAAUGAGAGAGCCAUUUUUCUGCCUGAGACUCUAAGUGAGGCUAACCCUAUCUGUUUGAAGUUGCCACCAUCUGCUGAAAUUACUAGAGAUUUGAGUUUUAACCAGCAAGAUACUGAUAGAAAAUUUGGAUCAGAAUCUUCUAAGCCUGCAGAACAUUUGGACGAGAGUUCUACCCCGGGCUUCUCCCCCACCGCUCUAACUCUGAAAUUUUCAAACUUGGAUUCUGUUCCUUCAACAACAGAUCUCAACAAGAUUUUUGGCCGCUUUGGGCCACUGAUUCGAUCAAAGACUGAACUGCUAGAGAGAACUAACCGUGCCAGAGUGGUCUUCCUAAAACGUUCUGAUGCAGAAGCUGCUUUUAGUAGUGCUGGAAAAUAUAGCAUAUUCGGACCUUCACUUGUUAGUUACCGCCUCAAGAUUUUGCCUCGGAAGCCACAAAAAGGUAUAAUAGGAAAGCGUGGCAGAAAAAAAAAAGUAACAAGUUCUGUGGAUGGGGCAGCAGUCUGAUGCAUUGGUUUUGACCAUUCCAUCCUUAUUACUUAUGACAUCAAUCAUGGUUGUGUUUUGAUGUGAAUGUUAAUAUUCACUUAGUAUAUUUUAUGUGCUGAACCAAACUAAUACUUAGAAUUCAGUGGCUGACUCAUUGAUAUUUAGAAAUAUUUGAGAAUAGGACAAUUUACAAUUUAAUUAUUAUGUUGCAUACACUUUGGAACUGAUAUAAGUUCUUGGAGGUUGGUUUAUGACUUUCUGGAACGAAAUCGGUGCAGGACCAGAAAUGGACUUGUCUGGUAUACGAGAAGAUUCAUUCUCAAAUCAUAUUUGAA